GGUCUUUUAACCAUCUCCGUGUCCUUUCCCUCUUCUCUCUCCUCUCUCCUCCUUCUCUCGAUUCUACUUUCUUUCCCUCAUACACCCUCUCAUACCUUAUCAAGAGACAAACCCUGAUACCAACACAAUGGCUUCCCCCACCGUCAAGCUCAACAGCGGCCACGAGAUGCCCCUCGUGGGCUUCGGUCUGUGGAAGGUGAACAACGACACCUGCGCGGACCAAGUCUACCACGCGAUCAAGGAGGGAUACCGACUGUUUGACGGGGCCUGCGACUACGGCAACGAAACCGAAGCCGGCCAGGGCGUGGCGCGGGCCAUCGCCGACGGCCUAGUCAAGCGGGAGGAGCUCUUCAUCGUGUCGAAGCUGUGGAACAGCUUCCACGACGCGGAGCGCGUGGAGCCGAUCGCGCGCAAGCAGCUGCAGGACUGGGGGCUGGAGUACUUCGACCUGUACAUCGUGCACUUCCCGAUCGCGCUCAAGUACGUGGACCCGGGCGUGCGGUACCCGCCCGGGUGGGAGUCCGAGAACGGGACGCUGGAGCUCAGCAACACGCCCAUCCACGAGACGUGGAAGGCGAUGGAGACGCUCGUCGACGCCGGCUUGGCCCGCAGCAUCGGCAUCAGCAACUUCAGUGCCCAGCUGGUCAUGGAUCUGCUGCGUUACGCCCGCGUCCGCCCCGCCACCCUGCAGAUCGAGCACCACCCCUACCUGACCCAGACCCGGCUGGUCGAGUACGCCCAGAAGGAGGGGCUGGUCGUCACCGCGUACAGCUCGUUCGGGCCCUUGAGCUUCCUGGAGCUGGAGGUCAAGGACGCGCUGAACACGCCGCCGCUGUUCGAGCAUGCUGUCAUCAAGGAGAUUGCCGCCAAGCACGGGCGCACGCCCGCCCAGGUGCUGCUGCGGUGGGCCACGCAGCGCCGCAUCGCCGUUAUCCCCAAGAGUAAUGACCCCAAGCGGCUGCAGCAGAAUCUGGAUGUCACGCGCUGGGAUCUGGAGGGUGCGGAGCUGGAGAAGAUCAGCGCAUUGGAUCGGGGGUUGCGGUUCAAUGAUCCUUUGGGAUACGGGCUCUAUGUUCCCAUCUUCUAGUUAUGUGUUAUGAUAUAUGAAUG